UUUUAGUAAUAAGAACUGUUUGAAUUCAAUGUUUAUCUCUCAAUUUUAUUUGAUUUCGUCAAAAAAAGAAACUGUGUGGACAUGACUUUGUCCAGACUGUAUAAAAGCCCCCCAUUGCAAACAUUGGCUGUAACAAUCUGAAUAAUUUGCUGGUUAUUCUUUACAAUCUGUACAGCCAUGGGCAAGAAUGGAGGUAAAUUACUGGGCGCGGUCAUAUUACUAGGGUUGGUCACGUAUGCCUGGGCGCAGACACCCUCUCCGGCUGGUGGAGGCAAAAUCGUAUCUAAUCCUCUGGAUAUUAUAUUUUUUCAGGGGUUCGUUUGGCAAUCAUGGAAGAGCGAUUCAUGGUACAAUGUGCUGAAAGAGGCUGCAUUUGAGAUCGCGGAUGCCGGCAUUACAGACGUCUGGUUCCCUCCGGCUUCUCAGUCCGCGGCCGACGGUCCACAAGGUUAUUUGCCGGAGAAGCUUUAUGAUCUGGAAUCCAAUUACGGGACUUCGGAGCAACUGCGACAGGCGGUGCAGGCGUUCAAGCAGAAUGGAGUGCGAUGCGUGGCCGACAUAGUCAUAAAUCAUCGGAUGGGCUCAAAGAAGGACGACAAAGGCUACCCUUGUAUAUUCGAGGGAGGAACGGAUGAUGAAAAGCUAGACUGGGGCGCUUGGGCCGUUCCCAUGAACGACAAACCCUAUUCGUGUGGCUCGGGCAAGGAGGAAAACCCUAAAGACGAUUUCACGGGCGCCCCUGAUAUCGAUCACACAAAUUCGCGUGUGCAGAGCGAGUUGUCGGAAUGGAUGAAGUGGCUCAUGUCCGACAUUGGCUUCGACGGGUGGAGAUUUGACUUUGCCCUAGGAUACCCUGUGAGUUCUCUGGUUCAGUACGUGCAAAACACAGGCCCGGCUUUUUCUGUGGGAGAGGUGUGGGAAAUAGGGAGUUUUGGAAAUGGAGGGGAGCACCUGGAGGAUGCUUCUCGGCAGAGACAGGCACUGGUCGAUUGGGUUCACUCCGCCGGAGAUCGCACUACUGUUUUUGAUUUUACUACCAAAGGACUUUUGCAGUACGCUCUCAAGGAAAACGAGCUCUGGCGCUUACGGGAUUCGAACGGCAAGCCCUCCGGUAUGAUCGGCCUCUUGCCUGAAAAGGCCGUCACUUUCAUUGACAACCACGACACGGGCUCUUCUCAGCAGAAUACGUGGCCCUUUCCUUAUGAUAAAAUUACUCAAGGAUACCUCUAUAUUCUCACUCACCCUGGGAUACCCACCAUUUUUUAUGAUCAUUUCCAGGACAAGAAUUUCAAAGAGAACAUAAAGAAGUUUGUUGAAAUACGAAAGAGAAACAAGAUCAGGGCCAAUAGCGCUUGCACCAUCUUGACCGCCGAGAGCGACCUGUACAUGGCCAACAUUGAGGAUAGGGUUAUCAUGAAGAUUGGAUCCAGACUUAAUCUGGGACAGUUUCAGCCUUCAAAUGAUUUCCAGCUUAACACUUCUGGACAGGAUUAUGCUGUCUGGGAGAGGAAGACUUGAAUUUAAAAUAUUAAUAAGACUUUUUAAUAA